AUUGUAAUAUUUAUAUAACUUGACGAUCUACUGAAUACACGAUAUAAAAAAAAAACAUUAAAGGAAAUGCAAUAAAUUUGUAGUAAAAAGUCAGACGUGCAUAACAUUUCGAAAUAUAUGAUAAUAUUUGUAUGAUAAUUUCGGUCAUAAUUUCCGCGUAUAGUCCCAAGUAACAAAAUCUUAUUAUUAUCUUUAUUACAUUUUUACUAUAUCCGUGUAGAAGUACAUCAGAAUCAGUUUUAAAUUUCGAAGGAAAAUAUUUUUACUACAAGUAAUCCAAGUGAAAGAAUUUGCUCCAUAUGAGUGAAAAAUCCCACUCGACUUUCGUACGAUUCGACUGUCACUCUGCUUUUCGAGUAAAAUCCCUCGAAGAGAUUUAAAGAGCAGAAGGGGCGCGCGCGCGAUCAUGACAUUCUCUCACGCUUUUCCAACGGUCACGGAGCUCGCGAGCAAAAAUCGCGCGCUUGUUGCGAAAAUCACAUUAUAAUAAUAUUACAUACGCUCAAAACAAUGCUCAAAACAAUCUUGCUGGUCGUAGAAUUCUAAAUGCAUCAGUUAAAAUGUAUCGCUAUUUUUCUGCUAGAAAAUCGCCUCUGGUGCGUAGAAUUUGCAGCAGUAGCGUUCUAGCAACGUUUCUGCAAGAGAUUUAUGUGGAUGUGAGGAUCGUACAUUUGUUUGUCUCUAGUUUUUCUUUUUUUAUCUACUGCAUCAGUCAAUUUGCAUAAGAACUGUGACUCGUUUUAAUCUGGAUGGACGCCACGGAGAGACUCUUUCUCGCUACAUUUCACGAAUACAGAUUUCAGAUAGAAAUUCUUCAUACUCAUCUAUACCGAUUAAAUACGAAACAUACGCGAUAUCGCAAUGUUUGCCGGGAAUUUAUCCAUCUCAGCAGAUUUCUCGCAUCUAGAUUUUCGCUAUGACUGCGCACCCGUUUUUUUUGAAUGCACAUCAUACACAAACGCACACACACACACACACAUACACACGCAACUGCAUCGCGCAUCUAGUUUUCUGCCAAACUAGAGCGCGCCGCGCUAAAGAUAGGUACUCGUAUGCAGGCAGAAAUCGGUGUGCAUCCACACUACCGGCGCAGGGAACAAGGGCGACCUUGGCCUUACGAGCUUAUAUAACGUGGAAACGGCCGAUUCGCGAGCUCAGUCGUUUCGACCUAUCGACGCGACGACGUGUGCAACCGAUACCACCACCAUCCGCGACCGAACGUCAGCGCGCGCGUGUCUCCGACGAUUUUCACGCCGUCGCGCGCUAUCCCGCCGCGAAUAUCGGACGACUCGACUUCCGGAAAUCGUCCGCGGAAAAUCGAACACGACCGCGUCUUUCCACGUGAGCGCGAAGUGCGCCGUUAGAGCGUUUCUUGCCGCGUGUCAUCUGUGUGUUCGCGCCAACGCGCAGAUUGCUCAACCGCGUUCUCCCCGCGUCUCCCCGCGCUCAAGCAUUUUCGUCUUUUUCGCUGGAAUACGAAAAUCAUCAGGCCGGAGCGUUGCGCGCGCAUUGCGAGGCAUUCGUCACGGUCGCCCGAAUUGAAAUCUUUUCACCGCGCACUGCCGCGGGUUCCCCGCGAUAAUUGUCGCCGCUCGGAAGUCACGUUCCACCACCACCACCACCACCACCGUCGGAAACUUCCACUGGAGCAAUUACGAGGAGGUUGCUGAAAAUGCAAUCGACGACGCGAGGUCGAAGUCGCGCGAUCGGAAAAAUAUAGGAGCCAUUAAAGGAGCGGCCGCGCGCACGGCCACUUCGGCGGAUCGCUGUCGCGGCGAGGGAGGGCAGGGGGAGACCUCGCGGAAAAUCAACGUCUCUUCUUGGCAGAAACGGAGGCAGCUCGUGGGCGGCGGCGGCGGCGGCGGACUGAGCGCGGCACGAGUCGCGCCGGAGCUCUUCGGCUCUUUUUGACAGAUGCGAGCGUCAGUGCCGCGCGACGUGUCGCAGCGCCCGUCGAGUGAACGCGCCGACGUUAUUUACGACGACGUACGUGCGCCCACGGCGACCCACCACUACUCGCGAUCACGAGGAAGGAUGGUCAAUUCGAUAUUGCUGCUUUGGGCGUUGGUCGGCCUAAUUGGCCGAGUGCACGGCAAAUGCAGCUUAGCACCGAUCGUCGACAACGAGCGGUCGAUCGCCUACGCGUGCAUCCACGGCGACCUGAGCGACCUCAACGAGCUCUCCAGCGAGACCGAGUGGAUCGAGUUCUCGGUGUCGCGUUUCGACAAGAUCCCGGACGACGCGUUCCAACGAUUCCGAAAUCUGCGCCGCUUGUCCUUCUACAAUUGCCACGUGAACGCGAUCGAACCUGACGCGUUUCGAAACUUGCACCGGUUGGACUGGCUGAUAUUCCACGGCACGCGGAUCCACGUGGCCAGGACCGCGUGGUUCCGACAUCUGCCGAAUCUCAGAAAAUUGAUUCUAGACAGAUGCGGCCUGGUGCACGUCGAGCCCGACGUUUUUCGCAUGCUACCGCGAGUCGAGACUCUAGGCUUGCGCGAUAAUGACCUCGAUUGUCUGCCGGUGGAGGAACUGUCGCAUAUGAGGAUGCUCAGGGCCGUGCGUAUAGACGGCAACCCGUGGUGGUGCGAGUGUCGUAUGAGACUGGAUCGCUUCUUCCGCGAGAGAUCGAUCGUUCAGGAGGAACGGUGCAAGCUCCCGCCGGGGGUCCAUCGGAGUCUGCAGUGUAUGACGCAGAUCGAUAUCCCGAUCUUAAUUCCGAUAGUGACCGUCGAGCAGACCGGAGGUUACGAAGAGCCGCGCCACAGCAACCACUUCCAGACGAGCGCGCUGACGUCGCUGGACCGUUUGCCGGACAAGAGUACGUGGAUCGAGAUCUCGGGACUGCGGAUUGAUCGUCUGCCCGCGUACGCGUUCUUCCGCUUCGGCAACAGCCUGCGCAUCCUCGAGCUGCGCGAUUGCUCGAUCGACGCUAUCGAGCCCGAUGCGUUCGCCGGUUUGCAUCAGCUGCAGCGCCUCGUGCUCAUUGGCAACCGUCUGCCCGCGGUGGCCGCCCAUUGGUUCGGCGAUCUCGUGGCGCUGCAACAGUUGGUGCUCGCGCGCAACUCCAUCGAGCGCGUCGAGCCGGGCGCGCUGCGCCCGUUGGCCGACAGCCUGCGCCAUCUGGACAUGCGAUACAACCGACUGCAGUGCCUGUCGCCCGAGGAGCUGACGCAUCUGAGACGACUCGAGCGACUCGACGCUGUCGGUAAUCCGUGGAACUGCGAGUGCCGUAGGAAUCUGCAGAAAGUGCUGGUGGAACACAACGUGGGCUUCGAGAUUAGCGGUGGUCGCUGUUACGAGAACGGGAACGAGGUCGGCGAGUCGACCGGCGGCGACGAUCGAGGGCAGCAUUGGCACAUCGAUCACAUGACAACGACGGGUGUUGGCCAAGUGCGUUGGACCUCCUUCGAGGAAACGCUACUCGAAAGGAACAUCACCGUGACAAAGCCGACCACUGUCGCUCCAACCACUCAGGUCCACACGGAGAGACCACGUCCGCCGAGUUACAGGGGUGUUUGCAUGCCCGACAAAACCGAGCAGUCACGACAAGCGUACACCUGCAGCGGCAUCACCUCGCUCAAGGAGCUAGAGACCAUACCGCGUUCCGCCCAUACCAUUCGCAUCAUACUCUCAAACUUGAAGACGAUCCCGACACAAGCGUUCGCCCGCUUCGACGGCUACCUAUCCCGACUAGAACUGCGCGACUGUGGCAUCGAGAAGAUCGAGUAUCGCGCCUUCGCCGACCUUUAUAACCUGGAGUAUUUGUCGCUACACAGCAACCAGCUAGAGUCCAUUACGUCCGAAGCUCUGGAAGGCCUAACGAGUCUGCAACAGUUGGAUGUGUCGCGCAACCACAUCUACCGCUUCACGAACGACGCGUUCGACGUGUUACCACGUCUACGCAGCUUGGACGUCUCCGACAACUACAUGAACUGCAUCGGCGUGGAGCACAUGGCGCGCAAAAUGCCGCAUCUGCUCUCUCUACGGGUCUCCGGCAACCCCUGGAGUUGCCUAUGCGGCACUAAGCUGGCCAGCUUCUUGGACGCUCGUAGAAUUCGCUACGACCGCGAGUCUUUGCUCAACAUGAGCGACUGCUACGUCACAGGCGUUCCCGUGACACCCACGACGGUGACCACCUCGAAGAGCACUACGACCGAGCCACCCUCGGUACCGUUACACGAAGAACCUAUCACAGGUACCUGCACCGUCCACCAGGACCCCACGGGACUUCGGUAUCGUUGUACUGGCGGCAAUCUGUCGCUGCUAAAGAGUAUACCUCGCGAUGUCGUCGCCAUCGAGUUUCACGAAGGCAAUUUACCGCGCCUCCCGUCUGGGUCUCUCUACAAUUUCCCGAAGCUGCAGGAACUCGUCAUUAGAAACUGCGGUCUGAGGACGAUCGAAGCUGGCGCUUUCAGGGGUGUAGAUUCCUUGGAGCGACUCGCCAUUCAGCACAAUCCGAUGACAUCGAUUGAGCAAGGCUGGUUCAACAUAGAGCGUCUGGAGCGUCUGGAUCUGCGUGGUAACUCAAUCCGAUACAUCGCACCGGGUACCUUCCGUCAGCUGCCCAAGCUGGUGUACCUGAAUCUCGAAGGCAACGAUCUCCAGUGCAUCUUCACGAGCGACUUGAGCGACAUGCCGGAUCUACACGUCGUCGAGUUCGCCGGGAACCCGCUCAAGUGGCGCUGCCGGAUGGAUCUGGAGCAGUUCCUCGAGAUGCGUAAGAUCAAGUUCGUCAAGGUGGAGAACUCGUGCGAGGGCAAGAAGAUCAUGAGGAAUUUACUGUACCAGAAUCGCACCAGCGAGCCGUUGGAAUGUCCACCCGGCUGUUCCACGGCCACUCAAGUCGAACAGGCGAAAUGUUUGACGUUUUUCAUAGCGUUUGCGAUGCUUGUCGCAAUGCGGAUGCAUUAAUUGUCUCCUGCUUUAACGACGCCAGUCGAAUUAAUCGCGCGAUGCGAAUAUCGUACUAAUGCGAUCGAAGUAUGGGCGCGGGGUUAAGAUAGUAAACAACGGAAUCUCAGGAGAAGAACUGUGUCUUUGCAGAAAAAAGAGAGAAACACGCGGAUAGAUUCGGUAUUGUCAAUGUUGUCAUUCAAUGUGUUCAUAUGUCAAAACGCUUAAACUAAUGAAUAUAUAUAUAUAUAUAUAUAUAUAUAUAUAUAUUCGCGAAUGCCUAUAUAUUUAAAUUUAGUCAUUUUAGAAUAGUUUUAAUACCGUGUAUCGGAUAACAUAUCAAUAAGAAUAUGACGCUAUAGUUGAUCUUAUUAGAUUGCUUAGAUUAUCAGUAACAUACUGUUCGUCUGACAACAAGCUUUAUUUGCGGGCGUUGCCGCGAUGAUUGUUCAAUGCGUCGUGAGAUUAUAAUUUAAAAGACUGGAGAACAGGACUAGAGAGCGUGUAAAGUUUGCACUGUAAAGUGUACAUCGACGACGAUAACAGAAUUGAGUGCCAUAUGGAUCUGAGUCAGUGCGACGCUAAAGCAAUUCUUGUUUGUGUUCAUUUUAAUAUAUAUUUACAUAUAGGGAAAGAAAACAAUUGUGUACAUAAUAAAUAUAUAUUUAUUGUCAAAAUUGUAAUAAGCUAUUUGCUAUUAAAGUAACAAAUCUUAAUAAAAAUUUAUUUUGUGCAGCAA